CAAACACUUGUGCAAACGCCAUGAUACCAAAGAAGAAGUAGUAGUAGUAGUACCCGGAUGGAGCUGUCAUGGCCGCCGUCGCUGAGCUGCAAGGCUGAAGAGAAAAGAAAGCUUGCGGAGCCCAUCCCGACAUCACCAACCCAGAGGGAGAAGACAGAACAUUCAUGUUAAGGCUUCCUUGGAAGGGGUAAAGGAGCCUGUAUAUUGAAGCAUGGAAGAGGACCUGAUGACACAGGAUGAUCCUGCUGAAAGCCAUGAUGACAUCAUGGAGGCUGAGGAAGAAAAGGAAUCCACAAAGGCCCACACAGACCAGAUGGCAGGUCAAUCUUCUGUGUUGCCAUGUAGUGACCAAUGUGACCCCGAUGAAACAUCUGAAGAGUCGGGUAGUUACAAGACAUCCAGAAAAGCAUCUAAGAAGUCCCCAUGUAAAAUACAGCAGGGUGCAGUCUUCUCUGGGAAAAUACUUAGCUUUGGGUGUUCAGAGUGUAAGGGUGAAGCCACCUACAGCCCCAAUGACCUCCUCAAACAUUUUCAGGGGGCCCACAAGGGAACCCUGCCGACGUAUCCGUGUGACUUGUGUGGCUUUGCCACAAAUGAGUUUCCUGCACUUCAGCGCCAUCGGAUCGGGCACAGGAACACUUUAGUCACAUGUGAGAUCUGUAAUGAUGAUGUACAGUACUCUCUCCUCAUGCUCACUAGACACUAUAUCAUGUCUCACAGCCAGAAUGGCCACUUUAGCUGUGAAAAAUGUGAAUUUUCAACAGUUGACGCAGGAACAUUUGUGCAGCACAUCCAUCAUCACAAUGAGAGCCAGCUCAAAUGUGUGAAAUGUCAACAUGUGAGCUCUAACCGAGGUGAGCACCAGAGGCACCUAAAACUCUACUCGGGUACCUUCCCCUUCACGUGUCUGGUCUGUGGAUAUGGGGCAGCACGGAGAGAAUACCUCACAAAGCACAUGGUAACUGUCCAUGGUGAGGAGGCAGACAAGAAAAAUGUAUCGAGAUCAACGGAGGACAGCAACAAUACCCUGGCAAACUCCUCUGCAGGAUUAAAACUCCUGCUGAAGAAAAGCCUUGCUGCAGGUGGUCAAUCAAAGGAAUCCCAGUGGAUGUCAAAACUGAAUUCUCUUCCUGGAGUGGGAUUACAUAACCAAAAUGGAAGGGUGCUGAAACCAGAGAAAACAUUGGAGGAAUCUCAACAGUUCCAUGAAAGGGCUGUAGGCGUGAAAAAGGACAGUAAGAAGUGGUUCAAAGGCGCUCUUAAGAAUGAGCAACAAAUUGACUCCCAGGCUGUAUCAUCUAUACCACCACCAAAGACCCAGGAAAGUUUUGAUAGUCAUGGGGCUGACGACCUAAACCCCAACAACACCAAUGGACUAACUGUUCUCAUGGUCAAAAAUAAAAUCUCUAUUCCACCUAACUGUACUACAAAAGUGAUGGGCUUCAAGAUGGUUGAUGGUAAAAAGCAUUUAGUUCUCAAAGUUAUACCAACAGCAAAGCAGGAGUUCUCAGCAGAAAAUGACAUUUUAUCUACAGGGCAAGAAGUGGGCUGCCCAAUGAUAGGCACUAACUCUGAUGGAAGUAAAUGCUCAGACUCGACUGAAAAUGGGGAAAAUACUAGCUCCCCUUACUUGGCUGUUCUAAGCCCCCCAGGGACUGAUAGCGAGGCUGCAAUUUCAGUACAAGUGAAGCCAGAGGAAGAGGACGUUAGCAUUGAGGAGACAUUGCCCAUACUGGAGAAACUAGCACAGAAAGCAAAAAACACAGUGGAGAAGAGGAUUGAUAAACAACAUACGUUUAAGGGUGACCAGAUUCCUUCCUUGGCAGUUUCUCCAAUGACUAAAGAGUCGGAUCACGCCAUGAUUGAGAACGGUAAACUGAGUAACAAUACAGCAGACAAAAUGUCUGCUUAUUCAAGCCCUAAUGUGACUGCUGUGGAGCUCCUCCCAGCCAAAAUACUCACAGAUAAUACCAUGCCUUCUGAAUCAGCUUAUGAUUCCAUGCUUCCCAAACCAGUUUCUGAAGAGACGAUCAACAUGCUUGGAGUUGGUGACAUGAAUACAGCUACUGCUGAUAAGUUCAGUGACCCCAUCAAUGGAAAUUCCUCUCGGCCCAAAGGAGAGACGUUACCCUCCAAUGACAAACCUAAGACUCCCUCAGAACCCAUGACUGGUGACAUCCAACCUUCUGAUGAUACUGCUGAGAAGAGUCAUUCAGUUAUCAAGGAGAUGGAUCCUUCUGAUUCUACUUCCGAUAAGAUUCAUUCCAGUGUGGCUGCUAAGACUAAAACUGAAACUUUAUUGCCAGAUCUGACGGCCCAGCUGGAGUCACACCCAGCUGAAUUUGUCAACUCCAGAGAGACUGAUAUUAAUGCUGAAAAUCAGAAUUCUCCCAACCAAGAGUUGUUUAGUUUUCAUAAUUACUCAAAGGAAACAUCAAGCAUUUCCUCCAACUCAACACAACCUUGUGAAAAUCCAUCAGAGCUUUCGACAGAGGAUGAAAGUGUUUGGAUGAAAGAAUGGAGUUUGACAUUGGCUGCAUCCCCACAAUCUACAGAUGAGUGGUCUGGAAAUGGGGAAACGGAGACAGAGAAUGCAAUGGAAAGAGUGUCAGACCGUGACGUUGAGGUCGAUGAGUGCAUAGCUACUGUAGAGGAUCCGGCCACCCCAGUGGAAACUGAGAAGGCAAAUCAUGGACACUCUUGGUCUACACACCAAGUCCAACCUACUGUAAAAAUGGAGGAGUGUGUUCCUUUGUCGGAAAGGGCAACAGGAAGCAUAAGUAGUUUGGCCGUCUUGGGUCGCAUACUGGAGGAGCAUUCGGAUGCUAUCAUUAGCCACCAGCUUGAAAAAGAUAGAAUAGGCUGCUCAGCUGCCAGCCACGAUUCUGUCAAGCCACCUAAGACUAUGCUAAGGAUCCUUAAAACGGCAGAGGGAAAGCAGCAGAUGUUGUUACACACUGCAAAGAACCGGUAUGCUGUACCUGUGCAGCUCCAAGGCAACCCAGGGUUCAAGCUGAUAACCAAAUCUACUCCUCAUAUCAAUGUGUCCUAUGUUAAGCCAGGAAUUGAAAGACAGAAUAAAACCACAGGGCUGGCACUCACCCUCAAUGGUGGAAGUUUCAGCAUUCUAGGACAGACUGUAGGUGCUAGUGAAAAAGGUGCUAGGCUGUUGUCUGCUGUUCAGCCUGGAUCUAGCACUAGUGCAAGCCAUUACCUACUCAACAGCACAUCUCUUAAAUGUCCUCUUGUCUUGUCAGGUGCAGCACAUAGUUCUACUGGAGAAAAUACCAUAAAGUCACCGCAGACUUGUUACUUAGUCCAGAGGCCAGUCCCUGUAGAUCAGGCCCCCCACAAUGCUGGUAACAAAUUGGCACGUUUAAGCUCUCAGUCUCCACUUUUGUCCCGUCCAGUUCUGGCAAUGUCUGCAAACUCAGUGAACAGAUCCACUGCAUUACACACUGGGCAACAAGCCUUCUUGGUUAGGUAUAUCUCUACAGCUAAGUCAGGGAUGCUUAUUAAUAGUCCUGAUGGGAAGUCUGUGAGCCAGAAAGGUCAACCUAAUGAAAGUAGGGGACAUAAAGUUGUAUAUAAGAUAGUCAGAACUGCCAAUGGUAGUGCGUUCCUUUCUGGUGGUGCACAUUCCUCAGCCAACAAGCCCAUUUAUCUGGCCACAAAUUCCACACCGAUGCCGUGUUUUCUGAUGUCAUCAGAUAAAGUCUCAACCGGAGUGAAAAAACUGAUAUCCAUACAAAAUGCCUCCCACAACCCUGUCACGGCCUCACAGCUCUCAAAUCUUCUUUCCCCCCAAUCCAACUUGCAAGGUAGGGUCAGGCAGAUAACGGACGUAGGUCUGAAUAAACACCCCCUUGACCCAAGGCCAGGUCGCCAGCUAAGUCAAAGGAAGAGGCGCAGAAAAGCAUUGUGUGAUGAACUCCCAGAGCACUUGACUAAAGCGAGGAGGCUCUCGAGCAAGGCGGUAACUGAAAAAGGGUCUUCCUUGCUCUGGGAGCCUGUACCCAAAGAUGCAGAGAGGACACUGAGACUGUAUCCAUUCAGUUCACUACAGGAGAUUAAGUGCCCUCGCCGAAAUCAGCCGGUGGUUGUUCUCAACCAUCCUGAUGCAGACAUUCCUGAAGUGGCCAGUAUCAUGAGCUCCGUCAACAGGUAUAAAGGUGCUGUUUCCAAGGUGGUACUGUCCCAAAACACGGUUCAAGCUCUGGCUGAACUCUGCCCAGUCGGACUUCUAGGGAAAAGCUCCAAGGCUAAAUGUCCCUCGUCACAAAGCAGUGGCUCCAGACUUCAGACUUCAAAAAGCAGAGUCCGAGAGCGAUUUCUGUUGAAACUGAAGUUUAGAAAGUCUAGCAGGAAAAAGUAUGAGGUGGUGAAGUCCUUAUUUAGAGGUACAGAGAGGUCAUCAAUGUUUGCCUGCUGGUUUUGUGGUCGACUCUUCAAGAACCAAGAGGAGUGGAUUGGCCACGGCCAGCGGCAUCUCAUGGAAGCAACCAGAGACUGGAAUAAGCUGUUUUAAAGCUGUUACAAAGCCCCUGGAUUGGCCCACAUACCGUCCUAUAGAGUGGAACAAAUGGAGAGGUUAAAGCAUUUUUUAAAUUACUUAUCAGUAUACUUUAUUCUUAUAACGCUUUAUAUUCCCAUAAAUGCCCUGUUAGCUAUGAUUGAAUCACAGUUUUUGAGGUUGUUGAUGUGUGGUGUAAGCUGAAACACGUACCAGUCAAGUUUGGACACACCUACUCAUUCAAGGGUUUUCUUUAUUUUAAUAUUUUCAAAAUUGUACAAUAAUAGGGAAGACAUCAAAACUAUGAAAUAACACAUAUGGAAUCAUGUAGUAACCAAAAAAGUGUUAAAAAAAAUCAAAAUAUAUUUUAUAUUUGAGAUCCUUCACAGUAGCCACCCUUUGGCUUAAUUAUAACUUUGCACUCUCUUGCCAUCUUCUCAACCAGCUUCACCUGAAAUGCUUUUCCCAACAGUCUUUAAGGACUUCCCACAUAGGCUGAGCACUUGUUGGCUGCUUUUCAUUCACUAUGUGGUCCAACUCAUCCCAAAUUAUCUCAAUUGGGAGGCCAGGUCAUCUGAUGCAGCACUCCAUCAUGCUCCUUCUUGGUCAAAUAGCCCUUACACAGCCUGGAGGUGUGUCGGAUCAUGGUCCUAUUGAAAAACAAAUGAUAGUCCCACUAAGCGCAAACCAGAUGGGAUGCUAACCCUAACAAUGCUGGUUGUGUGCCUUGAAUUCUAAAUAAAUCACUGACAGUGUCCCCAGCAAAGCGCCGUCACACCACCUCCUCCAUGCUUCACGGUGGGAACCCCACAAUGUGGAGAUCAUCCGUUCACCUGCUCUGCUCAGAGCAGGUGAACGGAUGAUCUCCACAUGUGGUUGGAACCAAUCAUCUCAAAUUUGGACUCAUCAGACUAAGGACAGAUUUUCCCCAGUCUAAAGUCCAUUACUCGUGUUUCUUGGCCCAAGCAAGUCUCUUCUUAUUAUUGGUGUCCUUUAGUAAUGUUUUUUUGCAGCAAUUGGACCAUGAAGGCCUGAUUCACACAGUCUCCUCUGAAUAGUUGAUGUUGAGAUGUGUCUGUUACUUGAACUCUGAAGCAUUUAUUUCGGCAUAAAAUUUCUGAGGCUGGUAACUAAUGAACUUAUUCUCUGCAGCAGAGUUAACUCUGGUUCUUCCUUUCCUGUGGCGGUCCUCAUGAGAGGCAGUUUCAUCAUAGUGCUUGAUGUUUUUUCAACCGCACUUGAAGAAACUUUCAAAGUUCUUGACAUUCCGGACCUUCCUGUCUUAAAUGAUUUACUGUCGUUUCCCUUUACUUAUUUGAGCUUUUCUUGCCAUAAUAUGGACUUGGUCUUUUACCAAAUAGGGCUAUCUUCUGUCUACCACCCCUACCUUGUCACAACAAAUUUGCUCAAACGCAUUCAUUUUUGGGAAAGAUGGAACGCUAGCGCCCCAUCUCGACAACAAAAAUGAUUUCCCUCUGGUUUCUGCCUGCCAUAUCAGUUCUGUUAUACUCACAGACAUGAUUUUAACAGUUUUAGAAACUUCAGAUUUUUUUCUAUCCAAUACUACCAAUUAUAUGCAUAUCCUAGCUUCUGGGCCUGAGUAACAGGCAGUUUACUUCUGAAUACUGCCCCCUAGCCCUAAGAAGUUUUCAGAAGGGAAGGAAUUCCACAAAUUAACUUAGCGUCCCACAUAUCCCAGAGAAGUUAACGUCCCACUUGGCCAAAAGCAAGUAAAAAUGCAGAGCGCUAAAUUCAAAUAAAUUCAAAUAAAUAUCAAACUUUCAUGAAAUCACACAUGCAAUACACCAAAUUAAAGCUACACUUGUUGUGAAUCCAGCCAACAUGUCAGAUUUCAAAUAGGCUUUUCGGCGAAAGCAAACGAUGCUAUUAUCUGAGGAUAGCACCAUAGUAAACAAAGAGAGAAGCAUAUUUCAACCCUGCAAGCGCGACACAAAACGCAGAAAUAAAAAUAUAAUUCAUGGCUUACCUUUGACGAGCUUCUGUUGUUGGCACUCCAAUAUGUCCCAUAAACAUCACAAACGGUCCUUUUGUUCGAUUAAUUCCGUCGAUAUAUAUAUCCAAAAUGUUCAUUUAUUUGGCGUGUUUGAUCCAGAAAAACACCGGUUCCAACUUGUGCAACGUAACUACAAAAUAUCUCAAAAGUUACCUGUAAACUUUGCCAAAACAUUUCAAACUACUUUUGUAAUACAACUUUAGGUAUUUUUUAACGUAAAUAAUCAAUAAAAUUGAAGACGGGAUGAUCUAUGUUCAAUACAGGAUUAAAACCAACUGUAGCUAGCUUUCUGGUCACGCGCCUCUAUCUAACAGUACACUACAAGUGACCCUCGUUCAAGAUGGCCGUACUUCUUCAUUACACAAAAGAAAAAACCUCAACCAAUUUCUAAAGACUGUUGACAAACAGUGGAAGCGGUAGGAACUGCAAGAAGGUCAAUUAGAAAUCUGGAUUCCAAAUGAAAAGCAAUUGAAAAGAGUGACAAAAAAAAAAAAAAAAAAAAUCUGAAUGGUUUGUCCUCGGGGUUUCGCCUGCUAAAUAAGUUAUUUUAUACUCACAGACAUGAUUCAAACAGUUUUAGAAACUUCAGAGUGUUUUCUAUCUAAAUCUACUAAUAAUAUGCAUAUCUUAUCUUCUGGGAAUGAGUAGCUGGCAGUUGAAUUUGGGUAUGCUUUUUAUCCAAAUGUGAAAAUGCUGCCCCCUAUCCUAGAGAAGUUAAGGCACACCUGUUAAUUGAAAUGCAUUCGCCGUGACUACCUAAUGAAGCUGGUUGAGAGAAUACCAAGAGUGUGCAAAGCUGUCAUCAAGGCAAACGGUGGCUACUUUGAAGAAUUUCAAAUAUGAAAUAUAUUUUUAUUUGUUUAACACUUUUUGUUGGUUACUACACGAUGAUUUCAUGGUUUUGAUGUCAGAACUAUUAUUCUACAGUGUAGAAUAUAGUAAAAAAAAAAAAACUGGAAUGAGUAGGUGUGUCCAAACUUUUGACUGGUACCGAAUGUGGUUUGUGUAUAAUAUAAGAAUAUAUACAUAUGACUUAACCCUUUACACUCGUGGGAAUUGGCCAAUAUGGAUAGGGCUAAAUUGAAAUGUUUCUUAUUUCUUCUAUAUGAAAAUGCAUAACUAUAGUAGCAAUUGAAAGGGAACAGUUUGACGAUCAUGGGGAAAUUAUUAGACCAAAGGUGAGGACAACAGUUCACCUGACAGUCCACUGUUGACUGUUGAGUUACUUUCUCUGCAUUUGUUGAUAAUAAAAUCUGAAAAUACUCUGGAAAAUACAUUCAAUAAAAUAAGAAUAUUCCUGGAAAAUGUGGGGUUGGUGCAACAUAAGACAAAGAAGUUGGAGACACCAGUUAGUCCUCUAAGUGGCCACACACCUCUCCAAAGUGUGCACAGUUCCUAAGUAAUUUCAAUACUCUUUUAUGGACUCAAAGAAAUCUUCAACUAUAAGGUGCUUUUUUUUUAGCUCUGCCUAACUGUGCCAUUUGAGGAACUAGAGCAAGCACACUUUUAGUUUUGUUUAGAACACAACCCUGUCUUCCCGCAAUCACACAAAACUGUUGUUUACGCAAUCCAAAAACGGUCCAUUAUAAAUCGCGAUCUGGGUCAGGUGGGCAUCAUUUGAAAGCUUGUUCUAUUGCCAGCAUGACUAGCUUAGUUAUAAAAUACAAUAUUGCAGUGUUGGGCUUUCACAAUACAAUUCAGGGAAAACGAUCACAACGUCUUGUUGCGUGAGGUGCUCAAGUUCAGUACUGCUGUCAGUCAAAACCUAUACAGCGCUGUGAAGCGCAGAGCCAGAGCUCUGACGUCAUGUAUAACAUGUUACUGUACAGCCACUGCCUUUCAAUGUAGGUGUUUAUCAGUGCCCAAAUCUGCCAUUUUCAACCCGUAUACAGGUACGAGUGUAAAGGGCUCCACCCUCAUAUGUAUGUACAGAUGGAAUUGAACUGUGAAGACUGGGCACACUGUAAUAGAGCAUAUGAGAGAGCACUGGUUUUAGAGGGGGACAUUGUUGAUGACUUAUUUUUGUAUUCAGAAAUAUACCAAAUUACUCAGGUGAUUUCAUAUUCUCUGAUUCAACUAAUCUGGUUUGUAACAUAAGCUAUUCUUUAACAUUUAUCUGCUUUUCAUAGGUUUAGAGAGCAUUGUGCGAUAAUUGUUUCCUUUUAUUUAUUCCCUGUAUUACUUCCAUUCAUAAGGUCAGAACUUAAUUUGUAAACCUGAAAUCCAAGCAUUUUGUUUUUCAUGUUCUCUUCAGAUUUUAGUUUUGUUUUACUAGUAUACAAAUAGGCUAAAUGGUUUUUUUGUAGCAGAUAGUGACUUCAGAAAGUAUUCACACCCUUUGACUUUUUAAAACUUUUUUGUGUUACAGACUGAAUUUAAAAUGGAUUACAUUUAGAUUCUUUUACAAAUUAAUUGAAAAUGAAAAGCUGAGAUGUCUUGAGUCAAUAAAUAUUCAUCCCCUUGAUGGCAAGUCUCUAAGUUCAGAAGUAGAAAUGUGCUUAAGUCACAUAAGUGCAAUAGUAAAAAAAAAAAAAAAAAAAAAAAAAAAAAUGUAAUGACUACCUCGUCUCUGUACCCCACACAUACAAUUAUCUGUAAGGACCCUCAGUCGAGUAUUGCAUUUCAAACACAGAUUUAACUACAAAGACCAGGGAAGUUUUCCAAGGCCUCGCAAAGAAGGGUAUCUAUUGGUAGAUUGAUAAAAAAUAUUAAAAGCAGACAUUGUAUAUCUCAUGGUGAAGUUAUUAAUUACACUUUGGAUAUUGUAUCAAUACACCCAGUCACUACAAAGGUAGAGGAGAUUUUACUAAGUUGCCGGAGAGGAAACCGCUCAGGGAUUUCACCAUGAGGCCAAUGAUGACUUUCAAACAGUUACAAAAUUGAAUGGCUGUGUUAGAACUGAUGGAUUGACAACAUUGUAGCUACUCUACAAUGUUAAACUAGUUAACAGUUAAAAGAAGGAAGCCUGCACAGAAUAAACAUAUUCCAAAACAAGCAUCUUGUUUGCAACAAGGCACUAAAGUAAUACUACAAAAUGUGGCAAAGCAAUUCCCUUUUUGUCCUGAAUACAAAGUGUUAUGUUUUGGGCAAAUCCAAUAAAACACAUUACCACUCUCCAUAUUUUCAAGCAUAGUGAUGGCUGCAUCAUGUUAUGGCUAUGCUGGUCAUCAUUAAGGACUGGGGAGUUUUUCUGGAUAAAAAGAAACGGAAUGGAGAUAAGCACAGGCACAAUACUAGAGGAAAGCUUGGUUGAUUGCUUUCCAUCAGACACUGUGAGAUUAAAUUCACCUUUCAGCAGGACAAUGAUGUAAAACACAAGGCCAAAUCUAGUGGCAGAGUUUUGACUUAAAUCUGCUUGAAAAUCUAGGCUAGACCUAAAAAAGGGUUGUUUAGCAAUGAUCAACAACCAAUUUUUCUUAACUGCAUUGUUGGUUAAGGGCUUGUAAGUAAGCAUUUCAUUGUAAGGUCUACCUGUUGUAUUUGGUGCAUUUGACAAAUAAAAUACAAUUUGAAUUUAGCAGAGCUUGAAGAAUUUUGUAAAGAAUAAUGGGCAACUGUUGCACAAUCCAGGUUUGGAAAGCUCUUAGAGAUGUAUCCAUAAACACUUGUAUCUGUAAAUGCUGUCAAAGGUGAUUAUAACAUGUUUGAGAAGUUGUAAACCUUUUUGUAUCUUAGACUUACACAAUGUAGAUUGCUGACAAAAGAAGGACAAUUUGAAUCCACUUAUAUCCCAUUUUGUAACAACAAAUGUGGAAAAAGUCAAGGGGUGUGAAUAAAUUCUGAAGACACUGUACAUACAUUCUGGUUUGUCUCACUGUUUUACCCAUUUCUGGGAUGACAUAGAUGUUUUAGCUUCUUUUACUGCAACACAAUGCCAUUGUCUAAUCUCUUAAUUGUCAGUGCUUGACUUUAGCAUUACUCAUCACAUACUUAUGUUGAGUUUAGCUCUCUUAACAUUUUUCUUUUUCACAUCCUUGUUCAGUAUGAAAGAAUAACUCAACUGAUCAAUUAAUGCAUGAGUGAUACUUUACAAUAAAUUGAGGAAAUUGAGAAAACGUUAUAAAAUGAGUAAGAUCUCACUUUAUGGGGAUUCGCUCUAGCGGAUUCACUAACGGAAGUACCAAUCACAAUGUCUGUUGGUGGCGAAUGAGGUGAGCACCUCUCCCCUUCAUAAGACGCCACUGGCCCGCUUCUGGUCUUUCUUAAGCGUGCCUCUCUUGCGAGCAGAGAUAUCUCACCCAUUUGAUCAUAGAAUCAGGGUUAUGCAAGUAACUGUUUCAGGGCAUCUCUUUACAAGAGAUUUACGAUGCUGCAUGUUGGGCCACCCCACAUGAGGUUUUACCGGUGGUCCAACCAACAUCCAGCAUCGCAAAUCUCUUAUAAAGAGAUGCCCUUAAACAGUGCCAAAGAGGUAUGUGCAUUCAAGCCCUUGAGGGGCUGCAAAUCCUUGCUAUUAUAAGCCAAUAUAAUAGUGUCCACUAUCCAAUGGGGAUAGCUUUUGAUGAGAUCGGGGCCCUCCCUUGCAGGGGUACGCUCAGGGAACAAAGUUGGUCAACCUUUCGCUAUGCUCUCAUUCUAUUCAAGUAUAUGCGCAAAGCACGUACCGGGCACAAACUGUGGAGACACUCUACUUCCGUAGAGGUGAAGGACGGCGGGUGGAAAGCCAUAAGCUCUUAGGCUAGACAAUUGUAAUUGUCGCAGACCUUUAGGCAUGAAAUUGGGGUUGGGUAACAGUGUUACCUUGGAUAACCCUGGGGCAAACUGUAGGCACGAAUGGUGAACUGACGAUGCAUGUAGCUCACUCACUUGUUUUUUUGGAUGCAAGGACAAUCAAUAAAGCAGUUUUGAAGGAGAGAUAGUUCAUCCACGCUUUCCAGCAGCUCAAAAAGCUGCCUCAAGCACGAUAGACCCAAAGCGGAGCUAAUGGCCCCAAAGCGGAGCUAAUGGCUUGGAGAGGGGGCGUAAACGACACGCUCCCUUCAUAAAUCGACAUAACAGAGGAUGUUUUCCUUACUGUGUUAUUGUCGAAUCCUGUAUGACAGGCCGAGAUGGCGGCUAAAUUUACAACCUGGUCGCACCACUUCUCAAAACCGAGUCAAGCCUGUUGUAUUCAGAUUCAUCCUCUCACGGGCCAGGACCAGAGGACGAUGGGCUAGGUGGAGAUCAAGUGUGUCAGUAGAUCCUUGCGUAACAGUAUCUGCCAGGGCUCAUCGUAAAGCAGGAGAGUGAUCUCUGCUAAUCAGAGCUUGCCUGGCCAUCAAGAUGAGGGAUAAGCAUUCUUUCCUCACUCUGUUCAGAUUGGGGAGGAUCAAGCAUAAAGGAGGAAAAGCAACACUCUUGGCCAAGGGUGUGUCAGCGCGUCCACCUCAAGUGGUAUGUUUCCUGCUAUUGGAAAGAACGGACAGUGCGUGUCUUUGUGCGAUGAAAAGAUCUCUACGGUGGCUAAACACUCUCACAGAUCUGCAACAACAUUUGGGAAAGUAGUCUCCAAUCCCCAUGACGGGGAUUCCCUCUGAACAACAAGUCCGCUUGCACAUUCGGUAUGCCUGAGACAUGAGUCGCGCAUAACGAGGGAGAUGCACUGCUCCACAGAAUAGUCUGUGUAAGUGCGGAGAGCGAGUGCCACACUGGCGGUUGAUGUAUGCCACCACAGUUGUAUUGUCUUUCCUGUGAAGGAUGUGACAAUUUUGAAGGAGGGGCAGAAAGAGUAUCAGUGAAUGAAAUGCUGUCAGCGGUUCGACGGAAUUUAUGAGUGUGGUGGAGCUGUGGUGACCACAGUUCCUUUAUUGUUCUUCCCUCGUGAACUGCGCCCCACCCUGUGAGUGACGCAUCUGUCUUCACCACCUUCCUCUGACACGUCACCUAGGGGACGUGGGCACAGGUGAUGGGCAGUUAAUCAAAGCUGGAAGUCUCAGAUGGUGGACGCCAUCAACCCCAGCACUCAGACACUUUCUGAGCAUGACCGAACUCCCCCUGUUGAACAGGGAGAGGCACUGUCAGAACAACGAGGUGCGACCGUCCGAUUGUGUAGCCCGGUAAGAGAGAGAAUUCGGAUUUCUGUUCUCUGUGUGGGCUAGCCGGAGAAGUAGUACAAUGCUAGCCGGAGAAAGUGUGUGCUCUCAUCUGUUAUUUUGAGCUAAACGAGAGAAAGCUAGCAAUUCAACCUUUCCAGGCAGUUAAGUAUAGCAAGCCUUGCAGCGAGUAUUUUGAUUAGCUGAGCCUUUCGACGAUAACUGGCCCUUUGUGGGUUUAGCUAGCUUUCCAGCUAGCUAGCCAAGUUAGCUGUAGCCUCGUGGCGUGUGCUAACCAAGUCUCGAUAGCUAACCUGUGACACACUACCACCGGUGACUGAGGAGUAGAAAAUAAAUUGUACUCGAAGCAAAACUUUACUUUCAGUCAAUACUCAACACAUCCGACAGGAUUUGGGGACCUACGUUCAGCAGCGUCAACCUCGCAGUUCACCAGAGAAUAGUGCAUUAGGAAGACUGAAAUCUUGAGGAGAGCUUAAAGAGUUAUAGAGAACUCUUCACAAGGAAAAGCGGUGUGAAUGACCAGAGGCGGGAUGAGUGGCGUCUUAUGAAGAGGAGAGGGACUCACCUCAUUCGUGAGAUACUGUAUGAAAUGAAAUAUUUCAAAUAGAACAGCUAACCUAAAUAACCAACACAACCUUAUUUUUGUCUUUGCCCUUGCUAUGUGCUAUGCGCUAUGUGCCAGCCGGCGCAACGGGGAUGAGUGAGUGACUGGCAUCGCAAAGCCACCUGAGUUUUCCAGCCUGGUCAUUGUCUUUGUUGUAGUUUAAUAUGCAAUGAAAAUUAAUAUCAGUGUUGACAUAAAAAAAAUCACUGGAAUCAAGCAGUUUAUGCAACUGUCAGUUUAAAAAAAUAUAUAUAUAUUGAUGGCAAUUGGGGGGGUGACUGAAUUUAAUUUGGAUUGUAUUCUGUUAAUUUUUCUCCAGUGGGUCUAUGAUGUAAAAAUUCAGGCUCUUACUUUUAUGUGCAUUGGAUGUUUCGUUGAUGUCGGAUUCAUGCCGUAUAUGGGGUUCGUGAAGGUUUUUAGUGGUACAAGUUGGACGUUCUAAUGAGUAAUGUUCCGCAUUUAGAACUAUUUUUACGGGCAGAAAAAUCUGUUCCCCGUGAUCAAAGCUUUACUAGUUAAAUUGAAAGAGUAGUUGAAAAUGAAUAGGCCUACAAAAUAUUAUAUUAUAUGGCUUCAUGAAAGACUGGUAUAACAGGACUACACUAGACCACAAAUAAGACUAGACCACAGUUUAAACAGCAACCACCAGUCUGCAUUGACACACUGCUACUCAUUUCAUUUGUAUUUCUUUUCAUAUGCUAAUUGAACAACUGUGAUUUCCAAUGUCCAAUAGAUUUCUUGUGUUAUAGUAGAGGGAGUUCUUUUCUGAAGCAUCUGUACAAUUCAUUUGACAAAUUACGCUUGACACAACAUUGUUCUCUUUCCAAUACCUCAUCAUUCGACAAAGAAAUAAUUCUCUUCGUUUUAUGAAAUACUCCUUUCUUAGGAAAAAAAUUACAUUAUUUUGUUUUCAGUUUUAAUAUCCCUGUCAGAAUAGUUGCCGGGUCUUUUUACCUGAGAAUAAAAGUAAAAUGUUUUUAUGCUAAGUGCCUCAAAUGUUGGGCACCAGGUUGACACAAAAUUGUACUGUAUUCACCUUGUGGUUCUAUCUUCUCAAAAAAAAUGUAAAUACUUUGGAAAAUGUCUUGUUUUGCAAAAAUGUACUGUUUGUUGGGUCUGGGCACAGGAACACUGAUUUAAUAGAUUAAUCUAUUUGAUUCAAAAACAUAUUUAUAAUAAGAUUUGACUAACUUGAAUUUUAAAUACAGUUGAAGUCGGAAGUUUACAUAUACAUUUGAACUCAGUUUUUCACAAUUCCUGACAUUUAAUCAGAGUAACAAUUCCCUGUUUUAGGUCAGUUAGGAUCACCACUUUAUUUUAAGAAUGUGAAAUGUCAGAAUAAUAGUAGAGAGAAUUAUUUAUUUCAGCUUUUAUUUCUUUCAUCACAUUCCCAGUGGGUCGGAAGUUUACAUACACGCAAUUAGUAUUUGGUAACAUUGCCUUUAUAUUGUUUAACUAGUGUCAAAUGUUUCGGGUAACCUUCCACAAGCUUCCCAUAAUAAGUUGGGUGAAUUUUGGCCCAUUCGUCCUGACAGAGCUGGUGUAACUGAGUCAGGUUUGUAGGCCUCCUUGCUCGCACACGCUUUUUCAGUUCUGCCCACACAAUUUCUAUAGGAUUGAGGUCAGGGCUUUGUGAUGGUCACUCCAAAACCUUGACUUUGUUGUCCUUAAGCCAUUUUGCCACAACUUUGGAAAUAUUCUUGGGGUCAUUGUCCAUUUGGAAGACCUAUUUGCGACCAAGCUUUAACUUCCUGACUGAUGUCUUGAGAUGUUGCUUCAAUUUACACUUUUCUCUGGGAGACAGAUCGCGUCUCCUUCCUGAGCGGUAUGACGGCUGCGUGGUACCAUGGUGUUUAUACUUGUGUACUAUUGUUUGUACAGAUAAACGUGGUACCUUCAGGCGUUUGGAAGUUGCUCCCAAGGAUGAACCAGACUUGUGGAGGUCUACAAAUGUUUUUCUGAGGUCUUAGCUGAUUUCUUUAGAUCUUCCGAUGUCAAGCAAAGAGGCACUGAGUUUGAAGGUAGGCCUUGAAAUACAUCCACAGGUACACCUCCAAUUGACUCAAAUGAUGUGAAUUAGCCUAGCAGAAGCUUCUAAAGCCAUGACAUCAAUUUUUGGGGAAUUUUCCAGGCUGUUUAAAGUUAGUCAACUUAGUAUAUGUAAACUUCUGACCCACUGGAAUUGUGAUACAGUGAAUUAUAAGUGAAAUAAUCUGUCUUUAAACAAUUUUUGGAAAAAUUGUGUGUCAUGCACAAAUUAGAGGGCCUAACCAACUUACCGAAAGUACAGUGGGGCAAAAAAGUAUUUAGUCAGCCACCAAUUGUGCAAGUUCUCCCACUUAAAAAGAUGAGAGAGGCCUGUAAUUUUCAUCAUAGGUACACUUCAACUAUGACAGACAAAAUAAGAAGAAAAAAAAUCCAGAAAAUCACAUUGUAGGAUUUUUAAUGAAUUUAUUUGCAAAUUAUGGUGGAAAAUAAGUAUUUGGUCAAUUAUAAAGUUUAUCUCAAUACUUUGUUAUAUACCCUUUGUUUGCAAUGACAGAGGUCAAACGUUUUCUGUAAGUCUUCACAAGGUUUUCACACACUGUUGCUAGUAUUUUGGCCCAUUCCUCCAUGCAGAUCUCCUCUAGAGCAGUGAUGUUUUGGGGCUGUUGCUGGGCAACACGGACUUUCAACUCCCUCCAAAGAUUUUCUAUGGGGUUGAGAUCUGGAGACUGGCUAGGCCACUCCAGGACCUUGAAAUGCUUCUUACGAAGCCACUCCUUCGUUGCCCGGGUGGUGUGUUUGGGAUCAUUGUCAUGCUGAAAGACCCAGCCACGUUUCAUCUUCAAUGCCCUUGCUUAUGGAAGGAGGUUUUCACUCAAAAUCUCACGAUACAUGGCCCCAUUCAUUCUUUCCUUUACACGGAUCAGUUGUCCUGGUCCCUUUGCAGAAAAACAGCCCCAAAGCAUGAUGUUUCCACCCCCAUGCUUCACAGUAGGUAUGGUGUUCUUUGGAUGCAACUCAGCAAUCUUUGUCCUCCAAACACGACGAGUUGAGUUUUUACCAAAAAGUUAUAUUUUGGUUUCAUCUGACCAUAUGACAUUAUCCCAAUCUUCUUCUGGAUCAUCCAAAUGCUCUCUAGCAAACUUCAGACGGGCCUGGACAUGUACUGGCUUAAGCAGAGGGACACGUCUGGCACUGCAGGAUUUGAGUCCCUGGCGGCGUAGUGUGUUACUGAUGGUAGGCUUUGUUACUUUGGUCCCAGCUCUCUGCAGGUCAUUCACUAGGUCCCCCCGUGUGGUUCUGGGAUUUUUGCUCACCGUUCUUGUGAUCAUUUUGACCCCACGGGGUGAGAUCUUGCGUGGAGCCCCAGAUCGAGGGAGAUUAUCAGUGGUCUUGUAUGUCUUCCAUUUCCUAAUAAUUGCUCCCACAGUUGAUUUCUUCAAACCAAGCUGCUUACCUAUUGCAGAUUCAGUCUUCCCAGCCUGGUGCAGGUCUACAAUUUUGUUUCUGGUGUCCUUUGACAGCUCUUUGGUCUUGGCCAUAGUGGAGUUUGGAGUGUGACUGUUUGAGGUUGUGGACAGGUGUCUUUUAUACUGAUAACAAGUUCAAACAGGUGUCAUUAAUACAGGUAACGAGUGGAGGACAGAGGAGCCUCUUAAAGAAGAAGUUACAGGUCUGUGAGAGACAGAAAUCUUGCUUGUUUGUAGGUGACCAAAUACUUAUUUUCCACCAUAAUUUGCAAAUAAAUUCAUAAAAAAUCCUACAAUGUGAUUUUAUGGAUUUCUUUUUCUCAUUUUGUCUGUCAUAUUUGAAGUGUACCUAUGAUGAAAAUUACAGGCCUCAUCUUUUUAAGUGGGAGAACUUCCACAAUUGGUGGCUGACUAAAUACUUUUUUGCCUCACUGUAUAAUUUGUUAACAAGAAAUUUGUGGAUUGGUUGAAAAACGAGUUUUAAUGACUCCAACCUAAGUGUAUGUAAACUUCCAACUUCAACUGCAGCUGUGAGUCAUUGGCAGGUUUAUGAAUAAAAAGUUUGACAUUUUG